GUUUUCUGAGUCAUUCCGGUCCGGUCGCUUGACAGCUGCGUCCGAUAGGAACGUAGUUUGAUUUAUUUGACUGGAAACUCAAACAAACCUAAGAUGCGUUUUCAAAUUUUAAUCUUAGUAAUUGCUUUAAAAUCGUGUUAUAGUUUAAUCGAUCCUGUAACGAUAGGUGUCGGCAUUGGUCUGGGCGCAAUGGGUUACAAUUUUGAUUUCUUGAAACGAAAUUCAUAUUGUAAAUUGUACGAAUGUUGUAUCGACGAAUAUAUUAUUGGUGAUGUUGAAGGUCUAAAACGUGAUUUCGAAAACCAUCUUUUCGGUCAACACAUCGUAAUACAGCAGCUAAUUCCAGCAUUAAAAGCGCAUUUGGAUAAGGAGCGCACACCUACCAAACCUCUAGUCAUAAGUUUCCAUGGGACACCCGGAACUGGCAAAAAUUUUGUCUCAGACUUGAUGGCUAAAAAUCUUUACCGCCAGGGUUUAGAAAGCCAAUACGUUUACAAAUUUAUGGGACGAUCAGACUUUCCGUUAGACUCAAAAAGUGAUAUUUAUAAGAGUGAACUUAAUGAUAAAGUACGUCAAGCUGUAAAGAAAUGUCCUCGUUCGCUUUUCAUUUUCGAUGAGGUUGACAAAAUGCCACCUGGAGUUUUUGAAUCCAUCGCGUCGCUUCUUGAUCAUCACACCCACUUGAAUGGGAUUGAUUUUAGACGGUCAAUUUUUAUAUUCCUUUCAAACACUGCAGGUGUGGAGGUAUCGAAACGCCUGGCUGAACUAAUGAAGUAUGGAGCUUAUCGCCGUGAUACCAAACUGCAUGACUUUGAGAAAAUUCUUGAGUUAGGUGCAUACAAUUUAGAUGGCGGCCUAAAGAAAGCUGGUAUUAUAGAGCAAAGCCUAGUUGAUCAUUAUAUACCUUUUUUGCCACUGGAAAAGGCACAUGUCGAAAAUUGCUUGCGGGCUGAGUUUAGAAGAUUAGGUGCUGAGCCAAAAGAGGAUGUUAUAAAGUCUAUAAUUGACAAUUUCGUUACAUUUGAUAGAGAACUAGGGUUGUUCGCGACGACUGGUUGCAAGCGGCUAAGUAAAAAAGUGGAGGUUGAAGUAAAUAGUUGAACUGUAUUUAGUUAAUAGGCUUAUAAUGAUAUUAAAUUUUUUACUCUAUUUU